UAAUCAACAGGUAAGGGCUCAUAAUAAAAUAAGAUAAUAUAUCGCUAUGCUGUUAGUUAAGGAUAAACAUUCGAACUGAAAUAACGUCUAAAAGCAUGGAGAACGUCACACUAAGCUACUUCCCAUUCAAGGGUUUGGGUGAGGGAAUUCGUAUGCUCCUCACUUACGGUGGUCAAAAAUUCGAAGACAAACGUAUACCAUGGGAACAGUGGCCAGAGUUCAAGCCGAAAACCCCAUUCGGCCAGAUGCCAAUGUUACAAGCUAAUGGUAAGACAUACAGCCAAACCCUUGCCGUAGCACGGUUCCUGGGCCGCAAGUAUGGACUCGCCGGCGAGAACUUGGAUGAAGCCUUCGAAAUUGACCAGAACAUGGACUUCUUCACCGAAAUUCGUGUCAAAUCGUCCACCCCCAUGUUCGAACAGGACCCCGAAGUUAAGAAGAAGUUGAAGGAGAACCUUGAGAAAAACUACCUCCCGGGCGCAUUGAAGCAACUGAAUGAAAUCAUUGGCAAGAACAAUGGUCACAUUGCAAAUGGAAAACUAAGCUGGGGUGACUUUGUCAUCGCUGGGGUGUACGAUGCCCUGAAGAAUAUGCUCUUCCAAAUGCCAGAUAUGGAUGAGAAGUUCCCCCACAUUAAGAAGCUUAAGGAUAAUGUUGUGUCAUUACCGAAAGUUAAGGAAUAUGUCGCAACAGCAUCUCCUAAGACAGAAAUGUAAAUAAUUAAUGUUAUUUUAAGAAAACGUGAUAAUUGUUAAUAAAUGUAUUUAUUUUA